AUGGUGGGCCUACCACUAGCGCCCGGUACCGUAUUCCUGCCUGGGAUGAACGGGCUUUUUCUGGGACUUCAACAACUUCCGAUGCAUCAGCCACCCAUUGGAUACCCGAUGAAGAUGCUGUUUCAGACGACCCAAACGUCGCCAAUGAUUCCGGCGCCGAUCAUCUUGAAAGAUCCGAUGGAGCAGCUUUUCUCCACAAUUGCCACACACCCGUCGUUGGCCUCCCCCAUCUCGACGCACUCCUUGAUGUCGUCGCUCGGUGGGCCCACCUCAUCUGCCACCUCUGCCACCCCGGCUUCUCCGAUUUUAACCUUCACCCCGAGCGAUAGGCUCGCGACCCCCGAGCCAAUGAUGAGGAGGAUGGGCCAGCCGCCCUGCUCAAUAUGCGGUGUUGAAUCGACGGGGAUCCAUUUUGGCUCGGAGGCCUGCGCGGCGUGUAGCGCCUUCUUCCGGCGCACCGUCGUCCUCAACAAGCAGUACCACUGCCCGAAGGGUGGAAAGUGUGUGGUCACGAAAGACGCGCCCGGGGCCCAAAAAUGCCGAGCCUGCCGCUAUACCAAGUGCAUCAAGGUGGGGAUGGACAGGAAAGCCGUUCAACAACGCCGAGAUGCCAUCGGAAAAUAUUCUGUCGAAGCGGAAAUGAGCCGAGAAAAUGGCAGAAAACGGCCUUCAGACCCGGAAGACGACGACGGGAUCGAUGCAUCUAGUGCUCAUGGCUCCACUCCUCUUGGCGCUAUGGACUCGGCGCCUAGAUCCCCAAAAUCCCCAAGAACUUCCGGGACCGUACUUGACGAAUUUGUGGAGAAGCACGAGAACCUAAAUCGUAAGCGAAAAUUGUUCUACACCUCCCACUCCUUGGCGGACAUGUUUGAUGAUGAUACGGAUUUGAAACCCGUGGAACUCUCCGACUUCGCCGAGUGCAUGUUCCAACUUUGGCAAAUCGAGCCCCGGCUUGCCGCCGAGUUCAUCGCCAACAAUCGUUAUCUAGCUCAUCUACCGCCCAAUGAAAAGACAAAACUCCUCAAAAAUUUCAUGCUCCUCUUCCAAGCCGUCGAAGAGCCGUAUUUAACUUGGAAAUACUGCGGCUUCGGCAAGGACAAGUGGAUGAUGCCGAAUCGGACGUUCAUCGACUUCAAUCGGAUAGACUACUACUACAAAACUGACAAAUGCAUCAAGGGGUUGAAUCUGGAUAAGGCGACGGCAAGAAGCCUCUUCAUUCCCUCCUUUCAACAUGCCCUGGAUUUGGUUGGGAAUCAGAUGUCGUCGAUGGACAUUGGAUAUGUGGAGCUCGUGGCGCUGGCCUCGAUUUUGUUGCUGGAUCCUUUCAUCGAGGGCAUCGAACCCGAGACGAAGGCGUUGUGCGCAAAGUUGCGGAACCAGGUGAUCCAGGACCUUUUCGUCCUCUACCAAAAUGGAUGUGUAGCGGAAGACCCUGAAGUGCGACUUGGAAUGCUGAUCAACAUUAUUUCUGGCAUCAAGGUCCACGCCAUCAAGUCGAUGGAGAACAUGCUGAUGCUCAAGACAUUCGACAUUUGCCCCCGGGAUCGACUUUUCGACGAAAUUGUCGGCAUUCAGACC